UAUCCAUGGCGACAAGAUAAAUAAAUAAUUAUAAUCUGAAUUCUGGGAUGUUUGUUUGAAGAAACGUUAUGACUUAAUUGCAUUAAUAAUGUCUGAAUCAAUUAUCAAUGUCAAUCCAAGUUCCAUAAUAUGCAAGACAAAUAUUAGACUCAAUGAUCAAAUAACUUUUCCUUGUCGACAAAUUGAAAGCUUGUUGAAAACUCAGUUUUCAAAUAUGAAGCCACAAGAGUGCGUAACGUUAGUUGCGUCUAAAUUAAAACUUCAGAAUAUUGAAGAGAAUUGCAUACAUGCUUGGUUGGCUGAAAGGCUAUCCAGCGUCGUAAGGAACAUACAACUUUCGCGUUUUAGUCUUCAACAAGGAGUCAUCAUUGUGCGUUGGAUUGUCCAUUAUAUGUCUUUAGUGAUCGUUGAAAAGUUGAGUAAAGUUAUUUUGUUCGAAAAAUUGCGCAUGGGCAUCAUUGUUGCACUAGAAAACGCCGGUGAUAAUAUGAUACCACCUCCGAAUAGUACGGAAUGUACGAUAAGUUUCGUGUCUUCGAUCAAGAACAAAGCGAAAAACACGACGAACUCGGACGCGGAUGUUUCGAAGCCGACUGCUAUACAAAUAGCUGAAAUUAUUGCAAACACUUUACAUGAAAUGUUUUGGGACGAUUUCAAAUAUACUGUAGUACAAAUGGCAUUCAGCACUGACCCGAUGCAAAAUAUUAAAAUUUUGAAAAACACGAUAAAAGACCUUGACCCUUUGCAUUUACAAAAUGAUAGUGACGACCUGCAAAACGAAAACACCGCCGACGAAAACAAUGAAUGUUACGAUGUGCGAAUGUGUAGGAUUAUGGACAGAUACUUUUUCCGGGAACCGAUCAACCCGUCUUUGGAUUACGAUCAGCUGAUAAUGAGCCUAAAGCAGUCAAUGUGUCGUAGACGCAAAUUCUAUGUUUUGGAUAAGGAUAAUAAUGAUGAGAGCGUUCGCUCUACCAAGAAUGUUAAAAAUGUAAAAAUACAACAAUAGUGCAUACGUCUUUUAAUAUCGUUUGUUGAAAAUAUUAUGACUCGUCACCUAUCAUUGAAUUCGAAGAGAAAUGCCUUUAACAGAAUUCUUCAGGACUGCAAUCGAUAUAAAAAUAUAUCGUUACCACUUGUUACCAUAAUGGUUCUCUUAUAUACAUAAUAAAUCAAUAUAUUAUAACUAUUAUAUUAUUCAUUUUAAACCAUGCAAGGGCCAAGGACAGGAUAUAGUCGGUAAUGCACCUUCGAGAUUACAAAUAUGAUCGAAGAACAUAACAUUAAAAUAUAAUAAUAUAAUAUGUUUCAACUACCUUUAGAGUUU